CUCUCCUCCUCUUCUACACCCUUUCACCUCCCACAUAGAAUAGAUCGCAUAAUCCACCAUGUCCAAACCCAAGGUCCUCCUCCUGGGCAAAAUCAUCCACGCCCACCAAACAUGGAACUCCCUGUCCGCACUCGCCGACCUCGUCACUCCCACCGCUACCAACCGCGCCGACUUCAUCCAGGAAUGUCGCUCCGGAAAGCUUGACGGCGUGGUAGCCGCCUACCGCACCUUCGACUCCGUCAGCGUAACCGGCCUCGUCGACGAAGAGAUCGUGAAUGCGCUGCCCACAUCGCUACAAUAUCUCGCGCACUGCGGAGCCGGCUACGACCAAGUCGACGUACACGCCUGCAGCGCGCGCAAUCCCCCCAUCCGCGUCUCCAACGUCCCCACAGCCGUCGACGACGCCACCGCCGACGUCAACAUGUUCCUGAUAAUCGGCGCCCUGCGCAACUUCAACACGGGCAUGCAGGCCCUGCGCGACGGCAAAUGGCGCGGUGUCCCUGCGCCUAUCCUCGGCCACGAUCCGCAGGGCAAGGUGCUCGGUAUUCUGGGCAUGGGCGGCAUCGGACGCAACCUGAAGCGCAAGGCUGAGGUAUUCGGCAUGCGCGUUGUCUACCAUAAUCGACGGGAGUUGAGCGAGGAGAUGGCUGCCGGUGCGCAGUAUGUUUCGUUUGAGGAGUUGCUCAAAACGAGUGAUGUGAUUAGUUUGAAUUUGCCGUUAAAUAAAAACACCCGCCACAUAAUCAGCACCCCCCAAUUCGCGCAGAUGAAAGACGGCGUCGUCAUCGUCAACACCGCGCGCGGGGCUGUCAUCGACGAAGCCGCUCUCGUCGCCGCCCUCGACAGCGGCAAGGUCUAUUCCGCUGGUUUGGACGUCUACGAGGAGGAGCCCAAGAUCCACCCGGGUCUGGUCAGCAACCCGAAUGUGAUGCUUGUGCCGCAUAUGGGUACUUGGACUGUGGAGACCCAAACAGCCAUGGAAGAAUGGGCAAUGGAGAACGUGCGACUAGCGCUCGAAACAGGAAAACUGAAGACUCCUGUCCCCGAGCAGACAGACCUGUAA